UUCAUGAUUUCAUCAUUCUUUCUAGCGACUCCGCCAAGAGCAGACACGUACACACAAGUCGAGGUGAUCAGUGCAAAUCCAAAGAUCAUUCUCGAACGCACAAGUUGUUGUUACACAGUGAAAGUUUAGCCCCCUGUCUGUAUACCAAUUCACCCAUCAAACCAAAAGCCGUUCGCGGUAUGUCUUUUUUUGAUUCCGAAUUCUUCGACAUCACCACCAGCGGGAAACUUGAGGGUCACCUAUUGGACUACGAUCAUCCGCCAAUGAGUGGCGAAAUCAUCCCAUUUGCCGAUCAUUACGAUUAUUAUCCAGAAACUCUGGAGGUUGCGGAAACUUCUAUGGAUCUCGAGCAGGCAAUGAUAGACUCAAACAUCGGAAGCGUCGCCGAUUACUUAUCGCAUUCCGGCUCUUAUCAGCCGCAGCCGAUGGUGAAACGCGAGAUAGCUCAUUUGCAAGAGGAUGAAGACAGCCGUUGUCUACCUAGCACUUUGACCGACGCCAGUGACUACACGUCGGCAAUGAUGCCCAGCCCUUACGGCACUGCCGUUUCCAGCCCUGCCGGACGUUCGACCACGAGCAGCUCGGCCUCGACAAGUCGUCGAUUCAAAUCGGGCGGCAAGAACGUCAGCAAAGAUAGCGACGAAUACAAACGACGAAGAACUCUCAACAACAUCGCCGUGAAGAAAUCCCGCGAGAAGGCCAAAGCCGAGUCACGCAUAGUGGCUCAACGUGUCACGGUCCUGUCGGCCGAUAAGGAGAGACUUGAGAGACGUGUAGAGCAGCUGUCAAAAGAGAUCCAGUUUCUGCACGGGCUCUUCUCCAAAUUCAACGACAUUCCCGAUCCAAUUAAAGUGCAAGUCACCAGCGCCUUUGCCCGUCUCCAGAGCCACAGAUAACCCCCCACAGCCCACGCACUCCUUUUGUUUUCCCUCAACUCGCAAUCAAACAAAACACUUAAUUAUUAUAAUAAUUUAAAACAAAG